UGGCUGAUGGGUUCGAACCACUGACUUUUCGGUUAGUAGCCGAGCUCUUUAACCACCGCGCCCCCAGGGCUCCUUAGAAGCCCUGGCAGGAAGGCUGAAAUCUGGUUUUGCUGACAUGGGCUGGCAGAGGGUGGGUGCCCUGGCAGACGUGGGGCGCUGAGGAAGGCAGGCAUUAUCUGGGCCUCUGUCCACUGCCCCAAGGUUUUGUCUGAAGAUCCUGGCUCAUGUAGCUAGGGCCUUGUGACUCUGCAGUGUCCACGUACACUUUUCCCAUCCCCUGGAGCAGGGGCUGACAGCAGAGGAAUGGGAAGACAUGGGCUCAGGCAGGUGAGUGGAGCUCUUCCCAUGGGCUCAGUCUGAGGACCUGUGUCUGGGGAAGUGGAUGAGGUCCAGGCCCAGCAGUCAGGAAAACAACCCCAUCAUCUGGAUUCCAGACAUGCCGGUGUGCACUGAGGCCUGGGGCGCCCGGACUGGGCCCGGGUGACAUGAGGGCUGCAGCCGGAAGGCCCACCACAGGGAAGAGGAAACAGGCAGUGGGCAGGGCCAGGGUGCUGGAAACUGUGGGUGCUGGGAGCCAGAACUCCUGGGGCACCUUUCUGGCUGUGCUAUCAGACCCAAGACCAUGGGACAACAGUGUGGUUCUUGAGGCGACCACCAAGCUGGGCGGAACCCCAGCGAGCAUUUACUCUGGCCAUCAAUUGACUGGAGAAUGGAGACUCUGAAACUCAGAGCAAGGGCCAGGCCUGGACAACUCAGGGUCUGCAGACAGCUGUGUGUCUUUUGCAGGAGCCGGGGGCCAUGGUGCCCAGCCAGCAAUGGGGGCGCCUGAAGAAGCCGCUCUUCUUCCUGGGCUGCACCUCCAUCCUCCUGGGGCUACUGCUGCUGGGCAGCAAACAGCCGAACAUCGUCCCCCUGGCUUACUUCUUUUUCACGUUGGGGGGCUCCUCCUUGUUUGUCUGCCUCCUUGCCUGCUUGCUGGAGUGGGGAUUCCAGCAAGGGCAGGCUGAGAGCCCGGGGGCCUCAGACAGUGCGCGGGACAAUGAAGCCUUUGAGGUGCCAACCUACCAGGUGGCCGUAGCGAUGGAACCACAGCGCUAUCCCCAGCAGCCUGACGACCCGCCGCCCUACAGCAGCGUGAUCCCUGUGGGACACGAGGAGGGCGAGCUGAGUCAUCCAGAGGAGCCCAAUAGAGCUAGACUGCAGAGGCGAGGGGGCUCAGAGGGGUCCGUGACCCAGGGAGGAAAGCCCAGAAGGGUUCCAGGAAGGGUCCGGCUUCGGGGACCGCGGGCCGUGUCCACUGAGCCUGACCUGCAGAGUUUGCGGAUGGCCCCCAAACUGGAGCCUAUUACCCCACCUCCUGCUUACGAGGUCAGCCUUGGCAACCCGGACGAUGACAGUGUUUUCUACAAGGACGACUGGACACCUCCCUAAACCGCUCUGGCAGGAUGUGCCGUUCCCCGCUCCGGACCCACUCCGCCCUUUGACCAACAUUCCCAGCGCCUCCUGUCAGCACUGUGCCCCUGGCCACCACGAAGGGCAGGCUGCGUGCGCUCCCGCGGAGCUGUGGGUGGCGUCCUUCGUCCGAGUCUUCCAGAGACCGUACCCCGAUCAAGCAGCUCCAGAGUUAGAGUGAGGGUGAGGUGGGGAAGGACCCAGAGACGCUGGAAAGACAGGAACCGCUGCUGGGUCACCUGGUCCUCCAGCCUCCUGAGCUGCCAGGGGGCUCCUGGGGUCAGAGGCGCCGGUAACUCGCCCAAGGCGCCCUGCUAGUAAACUGCGCCAGGACUCGCUCGCUGGUUUCCACUUCGGGCCGCCGUGGCGCACCUGGCGCCGGGUCUCGGGGCCGAGGACUGCACGCAGGCUGCGCGGGGCCGUGCGCGUGC